CCACCGACGCUUGGCGGCUGUUGGCCUAGCCCACUAGGAAAAUAAUAUUUUCUUCCCGCUUUUUCAACUCCAAUCUUUUUUUCCUUCUUUCCCUACUAGGCGCAAAUUCCGCAACAGCUUUUCGGCCUCCUUCUAUCUUAGAAGAACCUAGCUUUGAUUCUGUCGGUUAGGAUCCUAAGUAGAAGUCAAAAUGGGUACCGGAAAGAAGGAAGCCACCCGCCGCGAGCGGCAGGGCAAGAAUAACGAUGGCAUGAGCAAUGUCAGGACCAAGGGGGAGAAUUUCUACAGAGAUGCGAAGAAGAUCAAGACCUUGAACAUGUUCAAGGAUGGCAAGGCGCAGAGAAAUGCUGAGGGAAAGAUCACAAAGGCUGCUUCCUACCAGUCGAGAGAAGCCCCCGUUGCUCGUAUUGAACCGAACCGUAAAUGGUUCGGGAAUACUCGUGUCAUCUCCCAGGAGGCUUUGGCUUCCUUCCGAGAGGCGGUUGCCGAGCGGGCUUCCGACCCAUACCAGGUUCUACUGAAGACGAACAAGCUCCCCAUGAGUCUGAUCAGAGACGGUCAGCCCAAUGGGUUGAAACAACACCAGGCCAAGAUUGCUGUCGAGGCUGCGCCUUUCAGCGACACUUUUGGGCCGAAGGCACAGAGGAAAAGAGUCAAGCUGGGCGUCGGCUCCAUUGAAGACCUUGCUGGCGAGUCUGUCAAGAUGCACGAUGAUUAUCUUGACAGGUUGGACCAGGCGAAGCUGCUCAGCGGCAACUCUGGCGCAGCUGGGGGGGAUGCCGACGAGGAUGGAAACCUCACGCUGGCACGUGAACCGGUCUUCUCCAAGGGUCAGAGUAAGCGUAUCUGGAACGAGCUUUACAAGGUCAUCGAUUCUUCUGACGUGGUUAUCCAUGUCGUGGAUGCUCGUGACCCUGAGGGCACCCGUUGCAGGAGUAUUGAGAAGUACAUCCGCGAGGAAGCUCCCCACAAGCACCUGGUUUUUGUGCUCAACAAGUGUGAUCUUGUCCCGACAAGUGUGGCUGCUUCUUGGGUUCGUCACCUCUCGAAGGAACAUCCUACUCUUGCAUUCCACGCCUCGAUCAACAACUCCUUUGGCAAGGGUUCCUUGAUCCAGCUGCUAAGGCAAUUUUCGUCUCUCCACUCCGAUCGUAAGCAGAUCUCAGUCGGCUUCAUCGGUUACCCCAACACCGGAAAGUCUUCUAUCAUCAACACCCUUCGCAAGAAGAAGGUGUGUACGGUAGCACCGAUCCCCGGUGAAACUAAGGUGUGGCAAUACAUCACUCUGAUGAAGAGGAUCUACCUGAUCGACUGUCCUGGAGUUGUUCCUCCGAGCAACAACGACACCGAAGAAGAUAUUCUUUUGCGCGGUGUCGUUCGAGUGGAGAAUGUCGAAAACCCUGAACAGUACAUCCCAGGAGUUCUGCGGCGGUGCCAGCCCCGACACAUUGAGCGUACUUACGAAAUUAAAAACUACGCUGAUGCGACGGAGUUUUUGAGUAUUCUUGCUCGCAAGGGAGGCAGAUUGCUUCGCGGUGGUGAGCCCGAUGUAGACGGUGUUGCCAAGAUGGUUAUCAAUGACUUCCUCCGGGGAAAGAUCCCUUGGUACACCCCGCCGCCAAAGGCUGAUGGAAGUACAGACUCCAAGCUGGAGGGCAGAGAAGGCAGGCUAGGUGAGAUGGCGCGGAAACGGAAGCGGGAUGAUGCCGUUUCGGAGAAGCAGCCUGAGGAGAAGGAGCAGUCAGCCAACGCAGAAUCAGAUGCAGGUGAAGAUGAAUUCGAAGGGUUUGAAGACGGAGAUGCUGCUGGCUCCGACGACGAGGAGGACAUCCAGUACGAGACGUCUGAAGACGAGGGAGACUCGCAGGACAAUGACUGAAUGACCUGGUCUGGACUUCAUUUCCGCUUCAUCUAUCUGCAAGAAAGAAGCAGAGGAUCCAGCCUUUUAAGGACGAGGGACAGACCCUCUCGAUCCCCCGCGUGUCCAUUCAAGCCGCUCGCCGAACAGGAGCUGUUCACGUCAUGAGAAGACAAGCAAGCCAUGCCACGCUGGCGACUUGUUCACCGCAGGUCCCAUCUGCAGCUGAGCCUGCAGCAGUUUGCGGCAAUCACUAGCUUGAGCUUGACGGGCAACUGCAGCAUUUAGAGCCAAUCCAGCUCAUCCACCCGCGCCUCCAGCCUCCUAGAAGGAUCCGGCUACACCCCAGCACAGCCGGGGUAGCCACCCUAGAUCCUCUGGCGAUCACGCAUCUUAGAUACCCCACUGUCCUGUGAGACAUUAGCAAUGGCAAUAGAAAUACUCUCUAUUUUGAAACCCGAAUUGUUC